AUGAAGCUGCUAGCAUCACUUCUCACUUUGUCGGCACUGACUCCAGUACUAGCUAAGAUUGAUUUCCUGCCCACGCCUUGGACUCCAGGGCCGUCAAUGCCGGCACCUACAACACAAGCACAAACACUUGUAUGGUCGACACAGACCCUUGCAAAUGGACAGAAGACAACCAUCCAGGUCCCUUACACUCAGGUUUUCACACAGAGAUUUGUUAGUGUCGACGUCCCUCCAGCUGGCUCUGUUGGACUCGGAAAGUGGUCUUCCAAUGGAGGUAAAGUUGGCGUUGUCAAACCAACUCAAUAUUUGACCGUCACUACUGCGCGUUCCAAAUCCUGA